AAUGAUGUAAAUGAUUUUUCAGAUAACAGUUUAGCAGCUGCACUUAUGCAGCAAGCAAGGGCUGCAACAAAUGCACAAGUCCCUUUAGAUCUGUCUUCAGAUGCUAGGCCUGCUCCUCAAAGGCCUGCUCCUCAAAGGCCUGCUCCUCAAAGGCCUGCUCCAUCCCAAGCUGGCACUCCUCACCUGGCAUCCCCCUCCAGCCGGUCAGAACACCUUGAGGCAACACAAGAUUUCACACACAACACCAUAUUGCUGCUUUUGGACCUGACAAAAACACACCAACACGUGUACUAUCGCUCUAAACCCGGUUUUUAUAAAAUGAUACAACGGCAGUUCAGCAAGGAGGGAUACAAUUUCUCCUCAGACAAAAUCAGAAAAAAAUUGAACAACCUUUUGACCACAUACCGUUGUACCUCAACAGGAGAGGGGAACAUAACGUGGGAAUAUUAUGGGAUAAUGGACAACCUGUUUGGGAGGUGCGGUGUUGGGAGCGCACCACCAGGCACUCUUGUUUCCACCCCUCUAUUUCCCACUGCCUCACAACCAUCCACCACACUGCUGUGUGCCUCUGAGGGCCAGCCUGGUCCCUCCAUGACCCUGCCCACCACACUGCCGUGUGCCUCUGAGGGCCAGCCUGGUUCCUCCAUGACCCUGCCCACCACUCAGCCGAGAUCAAUCCGGUCUCGAGUCUCCCGUCCCUCUUCUACGACCUGUAUGAGGCCCAUUCGGAGAGGAGGGCCAGUGCACUGGAGACACUGGUGCGGCCAGAACAGAAGCACCGGAGAAGGCUGAAGGAGAUAAAUCGGAGGAGGUUCGAAGCAAAAAUGCUGACAGCGAUGGGAGAAGUUAUUACCCAAUUAAAGUGCAUUGGGAGCCAACAAGAGCGCAUUAUUGAGCUUUUACAGGACAAGCCCAAUAUGCCAUAAUUUCCCCCACACUGGGUAUUCCCAGAAUGAAUUAAUUUGUUUAUAAAGAACACCACCUCAGUUUGUUUAUGGAAGUAAUAUUGUUUAGAUUACUUAUUUAUUUUCCUCGUUAUGCAGUUGAAUUAUUAUAUCAGCCCUGGCAAUUGCCUUGUAAUAUUUGUAUACACUAAGUGUUCACAAUGUUUAUAUGCAAUGAUUAUUAUUUAUUUGCCAAGUACAUGUGAACAUAUGUA